CGUAUUUCAGGCCUGACGGCUCACCGCAAUUUGGGGUUAUCCGUUAUACCUUUGAUUAUUGUUUCUAUUGUUUAUUUUGUUCUUGCAAAAAAUAUUGCUAAUAUAAGCGCUUUGGCAUUAUCUGCAAAUGAAAGAUGGAUAUCACAGACGGAAGCUGCAUGGUCGAGCUUCCCUUUGGGCCACCUCCAAUAUUCUCAGAGAUAGAGGAUGAAUUACGAGAAUACAUAGAAUGUCCCGAAAGAUUGCCCAUACAUCAAGUAGAAAAUGUUCAAGCAUAUUGGCCAAGAGAGCCGGACAUACUUGCACUUAUUGACUAUGAUCUUUCACCCGUUGGGACAACUUUGAAAUUCGACAGAGACCCUAUAACGGGUAAAAUAAGCAACAUGCGGGAAGACACGCUGCAAGGAGCUGGAGAAACAGCAAGAAAUUCAAUGUCUAUGAGUCGAGCACCCGGUCCUCCCACUGAGGGAGUUCAAGGAAACUCCAGCAAUUUUCCAUUCUGGCCGGGAGGUUUUGACGAGCCAAGCGUCAGUAAAACUUUUUCUUCAAAUGAUCUAGAUUUUGAGAACAAUCUCAGAACACUGGCCAAAGGAUUCAGAUCAGGUGUGUUGUUUAAGAAAGACAAUUUUACACCAAAAACAGUUACAGGUAACAGUGCAAAAAAAGUUGAGACAAAAUCGAAACAAGUUGGGGAUCGAAAGGACAAGGUAAACUUAAUGGCGAUGUUACGUGACGAGGAAAAUCAAUUAGGACUGUGGUCAGUUUCGAAUGAAACGAAAGACACCGAAGUUAACGUGUCUCAAGUCGAGGACGAUAACGAAUUAUCGAAAUUGGCAGACGUGGAAGAUAUACCUUUAGAAUCGUGGAACGUACCAAUCAUUAAAACUACUGACAAAACAACGAAAAAUAUGCACGCUGAAUGGGCAGAACAAUUGGACGUCUCAGUGCCGGUUGUUGAUUUCGAUAAAAAAGUACCUAAACCCGCGAUGACCUUUGAGUACGAACUCGAUACCUUCCAGAAACAGGCCAUUUUGAAAUUGGAGGAAGGCUGCAACGUUUUUGUUGCUGCUCACACUUCCGCCGGUAAAACUACCGUUGCUGAAUACGCGAUAGCGUUGAGCCAGCAGCAUAUGACAAGAGUGAUUUAUACGUCGCCUAUCAAAGCUCUGUCUAAUCAAAAAUAUCGCGACUUUAAGAGAAAUAAAGUGUUUGAUAGCAUCGGAUUAAUAACCGGUGACAUGCAGAUCAAUCAAACCGCAUCUUGUUUGAUAAUGACAACGGAAAUUUUACAAACGAUGCUUUACAACGCUUCCGAAAUAUUGCGUGAUCUCGAGUAUGUUAUAUUUGAUGAAGUUCACUACAUAAAUAAUGAAAACCGCGGUCAUGUAUGGGAGGAAAUCGUAAUUUUGUUACCUUCUACUGUGAACAUCGUAAUGCUCUCGGCCACGGUUCCGAAUCCUUUAAUUUUUGCCAAUUGGGUUGGAGGUAUAAAAAAACGUAAAAUGUACGUUAUAAGUACGUUGAAGAGACCUGUGCCGUUGGAACAUUACUUGUAUCUUGGCACUGAUGGAAAAACGAGAAACGAUCGUGUCUUACUCCUCAACUCCGAGGGACAAUUUUUAUUGCACAACUGGUACUCGGCUAAAAGUAUGAAGGACCAAGCGGGUUCAAAACCUGGUCCGGAUGAUGCAAAGUCGAAACAAUCUCUGAGAUGCGCUAAAGAUAAACAGCAUAUGAGAAGACUUACUCCGAAACAAGAAAAAACUAUGUGGGAGUCGUUCAUAUAUCAUCUCAAAGAGAAAGAAAAUAUGCCGGUGGUUGUUUUCACGUUAUCGCGAAAUCGUUGUGAUGCCAACGCAGAUGCUUUGACUUCAGUGAAUUUAACAACUGAAACGGAGAAAGGUCACGUCCGUUCGUUUUUCAAGCGAUGUAUCCAUCGUUUGAACGAGCCGGACCGCGAGCUGCCACAAAUAAAACGAAUGGAGUCUCUGCUGUUGCGAGGCAUCGGAGUCCAUCACAGUGGAAUACUGCCCAUUCUCAAAGAAAUUAUCGAACUUUUAUUCCAGAACGGUGUCGUUAAGUUGCUGUUUGCGACGGAAACAUUCGCGAUGGGAAUAAACAUGCCAGCACGUACGGUGGUGUUCGAUUCGGUGAGGAAGUACGACGGUCGACAAUUCCGUGCGUUGUUACCAACGGAGUAUAUUCAAAUGGCUGGUAGAGCAGGUCGUCGGGGGCACGAUGCGACGGGGACCGUAAUGAUAAUGUGUAAAACGGAGAUACCACAUUUCAUGGAUUUGAAGGCGAUGAUAUGCGGCCAGCCGGAAAAUCUUCAAUCUCAUUUCAAGAUCACAUACGCGAUGGUGUUGAAUUUGCGACGAGUAAGUGAGUCCGUGAGCGUCGAGGACAUGAUGAGAAAAUCGUUCAAAGAGAUGAAAUUGGCGAGCGGUGAAAAAACAUACAGAUCCGAGCUCGAGCGGAUUGAAACGAAGCUGGCGGAAAUGCCGCCACUCGAUGAUUACCAAAAACAGCUUACCGAAUUUUGCGACACCGCGAUCGAGUAUAUCGAAAUCAGAAAACAAGUCCGAGGUCAUUUGCUCAAUGCAAAAAACGCUCUCAAGAGCUUGACCGAAGGACGAGUUCUACUCAUUUCACAUCGCUAUCAUUACAACAAACUGGCUAUGUUGCUCAAUGUGAUUGAAAAAAAUCAUGAAAAACAGUAUCGCGUUUUGAUUCUUGAUAAUCCUUCUGAAAGACUUUCCAACGAUGAUUGGGACGAUGAUGAGAAAAAAAAUCAUUGGUACGAAAUGAUCGCACUCACGAAAGGACAACUCUUCGUUCCCGAUGCGAGUCAAGCGUCUCAUGCUUUUCUGACUAUACCGGGCACGAGCAUUCUAGAGAUUACCAACUGUAAUAUUCGAGUUGAUUGUGGACUCGUAAGAAAAGACUACGAAAAACGACAAAUGGAACGGUUCAGAAAUGAUCCGCCGAGUCAAACUUGUCAAUUAGCGAUCCAAGAACUACUCUCAUUGUCUUUAUUGGCAGUACAAAAUCCUCGAAUUCUCGAGCCGUACGUUCAGUCGACUCUCAAUAACCCAAAUAUGCGCACACAAUUAAAUUACAUGUACAAUUUGGUCGCAAAAUUGUCCAAGUUCAAUUGCACUCAAGUUCCUGACUUUGAGGAACAAUUCGAAAAGGUUUUCUUGCGCAAUGAGCUCGAAAGGGAAAGAGCCGAUUUGAGACUCAAACUCAGCGCCGAAGGUCUUGCCCUUUAUCCAGAAUAUAUCAAUCGUGUGAAUAUCCUCAAAGAUUUGAAUUACAUCGACACUGACGACAGAGUGACUCUGAAAGGACGUGUUGCUUUGGAUAUGGGGACCCAUGAGCUCUUGAUAACGGAGCUCGUAUACAGAAAUCUACUGACCAAUUUGCAUCCCGCAGAAAUAGCAGCUCUCUUGUCAGCGUUGAUCUUUCAGCGUGGCGGUGACAACACGUUGCCGCAACUUCCGCUUUUAAAAGAGAGUUGCCAAAUGAUGGAAUCAGUGAGAGGGGAAAUCGAGCAAAUGGAACAAAAGUAUGGGGUUGAACCGGUGGAACCUUUGAAUUUUGGCCUCGUCGAGGUCGUCUAUGAAUGGGCAAGGGCCGAAUCGUUCGCUAAAAUAAUGGAGCUAACUGAUAUCCAAGAGGGAAUAAUAGUGCGUUGCAUACAACAAUUGAACGAUACACUGCGAGACGUUAAAACUGCCGCGACGAGGAUCGGUGAAACGGUGCUGAAGGAAAAAAUGGAAGAAGCAUCGACGGCGAUCAAAAGAGAUAUCGUUUUUACAGCUUCUUUGUAUACUCAGGAUUGAAAUUUUUUUACACACGUCUUUAUAACGAACAAUUUUAUUCUAUCAGAAUUGUAUAACCGACCAAUUCGCGACGAAAUGUUCAAAAUUCUUGAAAUGUUCUUGCAUUUUUGUAGUACAUGUGAAAAAUUCAGAGAUAUUCAAAUAGAAAAACAAUUUUGAUAAAAAUGCCUUUUGGCUUGAUGAAAAUGGUCAGUUUUGGAAAAAAAAAACAAGAAAAAAUGGUUGUCUCGAAUGUUCCAAAUGAGAAUUUGUUCAGAAAAUCAAUAAAUUAAUUACAUUAUUGAAAAUAAUUAUUCGAAAUGUAAAGAAGAUGUCUGGAUUUCCGGAUAUUUUGAUGUUAAAAUUCUGAUGGAGUAAAAUUUCAGUCGAGGCACGUUCUCGGAAAAAAUACGUCGUGUCGACGAUGAAAAUAUUUUCAACGUGGGGAGCGAUGUCGUGACAAAUAAAAGUGACUCUUUUAA